AUGACCGAAGCUGUUGAUCUUAGCGGAGUAAGUUGUAGUUUUAAUUGUUUAGUGUUUAGAAUUGGUAAAGGACGUCUAUAGAGUAUUAUACGGCUUCUUGUGACUAAAAACUGCUUUUACGACCUUACGAUGUAAAUAUUAUUUUGAAUAAUUAACUUGUCCUUUCUUUCUCUGUUCUACUGAAUUUAUAUAGUUUUGUUAUAAUUAUUGGUGCAAGCGAUAGUAAACUUUUAUUCUAAGGAUGGAGGAGUAUUAAAGACAAUUUUGAAAGAAGGAACCGCAGGAAAGAAGCCAUCUCCAGGAGAUACCGUCUAUGUUCAUUAUACAGGUACUUUGGUAACUGGUGAGAAAUUCGAUUCUUCCAAAGACCGGAAUGAACCUUUCCACUUUUCUUUGGCCAAGUCUCAGGUAAUCAAAGCAUGGGACAUUGGAAUUGCCACUAUGAACAUCGGGGAAGUUGCCGUCUUUGAAUGUCGAUCUGAUUAUGCUUAUGGAGACAGUGGAUCUCCUCCAAAGAUACCUGGAAAAGCGACCUUGAAGUUCGAAGUUGAAUUGAUCAAGUUUGAAGGGGAAGAUAUUUCUCCAGACCGUGAUGGAACUAUUAUCAAGAGUGUUAUCGCUGAAGGAGAACGUUACAACUAUCCCAGCGAGUUUGCUCCUGUAACAAGUAAGUAAUUAUGAUAAAUUUGGGGUGAAGUAAAACCACAUGAUACGUGUUUUUUAUGAUUUUCAAUAAUAUUUAAUAUGUCUUUUCACUUUACGUUUGAAUGGUAAGACGUUAAUGAUUUAUUUUUCAGUUCACGCUGUUGGAAACUACCAAGGCACGGUGUUCUACGACAAAACUGUCACAUACGAACUCGGGGAAGCUUCGGAAGUCGGCCUUCCAGAAGGUGUUGACCGUGCUCUUCGUCGUAUUGCCAAGGGCGAGAAGUGUCGCAUCGUUUUGAAAGGAAAUCGAUUCACGUAUGGCUCCAAAUCUCCAGAAGGCUUCGAAUUCCCCAUCAACGCUGAAUUAGAAUUCACAAUCUUCUUGACCGACUUCGAAAAGGUCAAAGCCAGCUGGGAGAUGACUGAUGAGGAAAAAGUAGAGCAUAGUCGAGUCCUUAAGGACAAGGGUACCAAGUUCUUGAAACUGGACAAACUUCAUCUUGCCUUGAACAAAUACGAAGCCAUCGUCACGAUUCUGGAGCAUGUGAACCCAACCGAAGAUAAGCUGAAAGAAGACUUGGAAGCUGUUCUGAUCGCCGCUUGUUUGAACUGUGCCUUGGUCAAUGUAAAACAAAACUUGACCGCCGAAGCCAUAAAAUACUGCGACAAAGUGCUGGCGAAGAACCCCGAUCACGUCAAGGCACUGUACCGUAAAGCUCAAGCUCUACAACAAAGAACCGAACUGGAAGAAGCCAUGAAGAUCUACAACCGAGUGAUUGAACUUGAACCCGAGAACAAAGCCGCAGCCCAACAGAUAUUGGUCUGCAAGAAGCUGGUCAACGAGAUCAUCCAGAAGGAAAAAAAGAAGUACUCCGGACUGUUUGACAAGCUGUCCAAGAUGGAAGAAGCCGAGAAGAGCAACAGAAUCGAUGAUGCUGAUGCAGGCGAAGGAACCAGUGAUCAACCUCAACAAGUAGAAGUCGAAGCCAACUAA